UCAAAAUAUAAAGUAUGAUCGAAAUAGGUUAGAUUGAAAAUUAAAAUAUAAUUUGUUCUUACUUUUUUUGUAUUUUCUCGCGAUAAGAUAAAGUUCAAAAAUUUAACAGAAUAAUUUCAUUAAUAGGAUGGCACAUACAGGGGUAUUGCCUUUCGUAAGGGGAAUAGAUUUUACUAGAAAUGACUUUAGCGGAGAAAAAUUUCCAGAAGCUGUCAAUAGUAUGACAGGGGUUCAAUGGCUAAAAUUGGAUCGUACAAAUUUGGUUGAAAUACCCAAAGAAAUGGGCAACCUCCUUAAACUAGAACAUCUUUCACUCAUGCGGAAUAACUUGGAAAAAUUGUAUGGAGAACUGACCGAAUUGAAUUGUUUAAGAACACUGAAUUUACGCCAUAACAAUGUUAAAACUUCAGGUAUUCCUUCGGAGUUGUUUCAUUUGGAAGAACUGAGUACACUAGAUUUGAGUCACAACAAUUUGAAGGAAGUGCCAGAAGGCUUGGAUAAAGCCAAAUCAUUACUGGUUUUAAAUCUAAGUCAUAAUCACAUUGAUGCUAUUCCAAAUUCCCUUUUUAUUAAUUUAACAGACUUAUUAUUUUUGGAUUUGAGCAAUAAUAACUUGGAAACAUUACCUCCACAAACACGAAGACUUGCCAAUCUUCAGACAUUGGUACUGAACAAUAACCCUCUAGGACAUUUUCAAUUAAGACAAUUGCCAUCAUUAAUAAAUUUAGAAACAUUACAUUUGCGAAACACACAUAGAAACUUAAGUAACUUUCCCACAAAUUUGGAGAAUUUGGUAAACUUAUGUGAUGUGGAUUUAGCACAAAAUGCAUUACCCAAAGUACCUGAGGCGUUGUAUUCCUUGCCCAAUUUAAAGAGGCUUAACUUGAGUGAUAAUGAAAUUACAGAAAUUUCGACAGCCAUGGAAUUUUGGCAGAAACUUGAAACACUGAAUAUAUCCCACAAUAAGUUAUCAAGCCUUCCGGCUAGUUUAUGUAAAUUAGCAUUGUUAAGAAGGCUGUAUGUUAAUGAUAAUCAGCUUGAUUUUGAAGGAAUCCCGUCAGGAAUUGGUAAAUUGGGGUGUUUGGAAAUAUUUUCUGCUGCCCACAAUCAGCUGGAAAUGAUCCCUGAAGGACUUUGCAGGUGUGGUUCAUUAAAGAAGCUCAACCUUAAUUCAAAUCGUCUUAUCACAUUACCAGAUGCUAUUCAUUUGUUAACGGAUUUAGUUUUAUUGGACUUAAAAAACAAUCCUGAUCUCAUAAUGCCUCCAAAACCUAUUGAAUUGACCCAAGGAGCAGGGCUGGAGUUUUAUAAUAUUGACUUUUCACUGCAAAAUCAGCUUAGAUUAGCUGGAGCUAGUAUUCCUGCUCCAGCUCCUUCUCAGAAUCUGAGUAAAGACCCUAUAGCAAGAAAAAUGAGACUCAGACGUGGACGUCGCGAUCAUGAAGAGGCUGAUCAAGAUCAAGCCAAAAUUCUAAAAGGUAUGAAAGAUGUUGCUAAGGAAAAGAAUAAAAGUGCUCCAGAUGAAGAACGAUUGGAUUCUCUUAAUGUGGAUUUAAGACCGAAACGUUGGGACGAAACAUUAGAAAAGCCACCUCUGGACUACUCAGAAUUUUUUGAAGAAGAUGCUGGCCAAGUUGCUGGCCUUACCAUUUGGGAAAUAGAGAAUUUUUUACCAAAUCGCAUAGAAGAAGUGGCAUAUGGAAAGUUUUAUGAGGGUGACUGUUACAUUGUUUUGAAAACCACAGUUGACGAAAACCAGUCAUUGAGUUGGGAAAUCUACUUUUGGAUAGGUGAAAAGGCACCACUUGAUAAGAGAGCAUGCUCUGCAAUUCAUGCUGUUAAUCUUCGAAACUACCUUGGCGCACAGUGUAGAACUAUACGGGAAGAGCAGGGCGACGAAUCGGAAGAAUUUCUCAGUUUAUUUGAUUCACAGAUUACUUAUAUAGAGGGCGGGAGAACUUGUAGCGGUUUCUAUACUGUGGAAGAUUUGACAUUCGAGACACGGUUCUACAGGAUUCAUGCUGCCGGUCCAUCUAUUCAUUUAGAGCCUGUACCAAUAUCUGCUCAUUCAUUAGAUCCCCGUUAUGUUUUUGUCUUGGACAAAGGGAGCAAAAUUUUCUUGUGGAACGGGAAAAAGGCGAAAAACACUUUAAAAUCAAAAGCAAGAUUGAUGUGCGAAAAGAUAAACAAAAACGAAAGGAAAAACAAAUCGGAGAUUGUUAGCGAAUUUAUUGUCGGCGAAAAUAAGGAAUUUUGGUCAACGCUUGGUCUUCCAGAUGACAUACCACCACAAGAUGUUAUCACGGAACAUGUGGAUCCGAACUUUAAUCCCGUCCAGCCGCGUCUUUACCGUGUUCAGCUGGGUAUGGGUUACUUGGAACUACCUCAAGUGGAAGUUCCGCAGGCAAAGCUUGUAAACACUUUGCUGCAUAGCAAAAACGUUUAUAUUCUGGAUUGUUAUCUGGAUGUAUUUGUUUGGAUUGGUAAGAAAUCUACCAGGUUGGUGAAUGCCGCCGCAGUCAAACUAUCGGAAGAACUGUUCAACAUGAUAGAUCGGCCUGAACACGCCCUAGUCACAAGGGUUCGAGAAGGUACUGAACCACAGAUAUUCAAAUGCAAAUUCAGUGGCUGGGACGAGGUGAUAGCUGUCGAUUUUACCAGGACCGCAGAGUCAGUUCAGAAAACGGGAGCUGAUUUGACCAAGUGGGCCCGUCAGCAGGAGACCAAAGCCGACCUGACCGCGUUAUUCACUCCAAGGCAACCAUCAAUGCCUCUAAAUGAGGCGCAACAGCUGAUGGAAGAAUGGAAUGAAGAUUUGGAGGCGAUGGAGGCGUUUGUAUUGGAAGGGAAAAAGUUUGUCAGAUUACCAGAAGAAGAACUAGGCCAUUUCUAUUCAAAGGACUGUUACGUUUUCCUUUGUCGUUACUGGGUGCCUGUAGAUGAUGGGGAAGAGGAUCUAGUUGAAGAUGCGGAUGAUUUUCAAUGUGUCGUUUAUUUCUGGCAGGGCAGAGAAGCUUCAAACAUGGGCUGGUUGACUUUCACAUUUACAUUGCAGAAAAAAUUCAAAUCUCUAUUUCAGGAUAAACUGGAGGUGGUCCGAACCCAUCAACAGCAGGAAAACAUGAAAUUCAUGGCCCACUUUAGGCGCAAAUUGAUUAUACAUCAAGGAAAAAGGAAAGUCAAAGAGAAAAACGUUGUUGAAUUUUAUCAUUUGAGGUCAAAUGGUAGCGCCCUCUGCACAAGGUUGGUACAGAUUAAGCCUGAUGGGUCACUACUGAACUCUGCUUUUUGCUACAUAUUAAAGGUGCCGUUCGAGCAAGAUGAUGACUGCGACUCAGGAAUUGUUUACGUAUGGAUUGGAUCGAAAUCUGAUCCUGAUGAAGCUCGUUUAAUCCAGGAAAUAGCUGAGGAAAUGUUUAACAGCCCUUGGGUGACGCUGCAAGUGUUGUCAGAAGGUGAAGAACCAGACAAUUUCUUUUGGCUGGGGUUAGGGGGAAAGAAGCUUUACGACAAAGAUGCCACUUUCAUGGAUUAUACGAGAUUGUUUAGAUGCUCAAACGAGAAAGGAUAUUUUAUCGUUUCCGAGAAGUGUUCAGAUUUCUGUCAGGAUGAUUUAGCAGAUGAUGAUAUAAUGAUUUUGGAUAAUGGCGAGCAAGUUUUCCUAUGGCUGGGAGCAAAGUGUAGCGAAGUGGAAAUAAAAUUGGCUUACAAAUCUGCCCAGGUUUACAUUCAGCACAUGAGGGUAAAACAACCAGAACGACCAAGGAAACUUUUCUUGACACUGAAGAAUAAAGAGUCAAAACGUUUUACCAAAUGCUUUCAUGGAUGGGGACUCCAUAAGAAACCUCCAGAAUAAAAAUUGUUUAAGAAUUUUUAUAGAAAUUUCUCUCUUGCUUGGUGAUAAAGUUUUUAAGUAAUAUUACAAAAACUACAAUUUUAAGUUUCUAUUUAUUUAUUGGCAAUUAUAUACAUUUCUAAUUAUAAAAGCAGUAAACAUAA